AUGGGACAAGGAAAACAAAUAUGUGCAAAGUGGAACCACAUACAAGAUGCUUAUGAAAUGGAUAACACCUCGGGAAAAUUUAGGAUUUUGCAUAAGCUCACAGAUUAUCAUGUAGUCCCUAGUAAAUUAGCUUCAAAAAAAAUGAAGGUGUCCUAUGCAGCCCAAGUUCUAAGCCAUUCUAUGGCGUCGAUGAUACAUUUAUUAACACAAAAAGGUAUUACCGUAAAUAAUAAAAAAAUGGAGGAAAGUGCUACGGGCACGGCUGAAAUCUUAUCAUUUUUUGAUACGCUUUUUGACAGUGUGAAUGGUACCAGUUUAUAUGGUGAGGGUGGCAAAAAGUUGAAAUGUAUUGUAAGCCAAACUUCUGGUCAUAUACAGUUCUGGAGAGAUGCUCGAAGAAGCCUAUGUAAUAUGUAUUUUAUGAAAGAUGGGACAACGGAAAAAUGCACUCCACCUUCCUUAAUUAAUUGGAGGACUACAUUGGCGGGCCUGGAACAUUUACUAUCAUGUCUGAAGGUGGUAAAGUUUCCAAAAAAGCAGUGGACCACUGAAGAAAUCUGUACCUUAAUAGAUGCCUUCGGGGAACAGAAAUUUGUGGGACCCAAAGGAUUCCAACGGUGUUUAUAUUGGAGCUCAAUCCCAAACCUUGAGGGCUACGACACCCACCUUCCGAAGAGCGACGAUUUCCCCGGCAGACCAACAGCUGGGGUAGUGGCAGCUACCUCGUCUAGCAAAGAGGAUUUGAAUACACCGCUCAAAGACACCUAA